AUGCUGCUGGGGAGGAGCUGCCGCUUCAGGCUGCUUGCGGGAGCCGGUGCUGGCCUGGGCGGUGCAGCUGGCCUGGGUGGUGCAGUUGGUGCAGUUGGUGCAGGCGGUGCAGGCGGUGCUGGUGCUGGUGCUGGUGCUGGUGCCGGUGCGUCUGCUGUGGUCCCAGGCCGGCGGACAACAGCUCCCUUUGUACUCGCUGCGCCACGCUUGCCUGAUGCUUGUAGAAGUUUCUACAAAACCUCGCAAACCCACCUCGGGCAACCACCACCACCACCACCACCACCACCACCACCAUCAUCUUGCCACCAGCUCUGUCGACGGCACAGCGCUUCAGCCUGCAUCCGCAUCUGGACGCCCACGCGGACGACUGCCUCGGCCUCGGCGAAGCCAUCGCCAGCUCCCCCCGCCAGCAUGAGCGAGCUGAAAUGGCCCUCGGCGCGCGUGCGCCAGGCGUUUUUUGACUACAUGGAACAGCGGGGUCACACGAUAGUCCCCUCCGGAUCCGUCGUCCCCUACGAUGACCCCUCCCUGCUCUUCACCAACGCCGGCAUGAACCAGUUCAAGCCCAUCUUUCUCGGAACCGUCAACAAGUCGCACCCCAUGUUCAGCCUCAAGCGCGCGGCCGACACCCAAAAGGUCAUUCGCGCCGGCGGCAAGCACAACGACCUCGACGAUGUCGGCAAGGACAGCUACCACCACACCUUCUUCGAGAUGCUGGGCAACUGGUCCUUUGGCGACUACUUCAAGGCCGAGGCCAUCGAGAUGGCCUGGGAGAUCCUCACCAAGGUCUACGGCCUCGACCCCGCCCGUCUGUACGCCACCUACUUCGAGGGCGACGAGGGGCUGGGCCUGCCGCCCGACCACGAGGCCAGGCAGCUGUGGCUCGACAUUGGCCUGCCCGAGGACCACGUCGUCCCCGGCGACAUGAAGGACAACUUUUGGGAAAUGGGCGACCAGGGCCCCUGCGGCCCCUCGAGCGAGAUUCACUACGACAAGGUCGGCGGCCGGAACGCGGCGCACAUUGUCAACAAGGACGACCCCAUGGUGGUGGAGAUUUGGAACCUCGUCUUCAUCCAGUUUGACCGCCAAAAGGACCGCACCCUGCGGCCCCUGCCCGCCAAGCACGUCGACACCGGCAUGGGCUUCGAGCGCCUCGUCUCCGCCCUGCAGGGGACCCGGUCCAACUACGCGACCGACUGCUUCACCCCGCUGUUCGAGCGGAUCCGGGACGUGGCCGGCGUCCGACCCUACGCCGACAGGUACGGCCGGGACGACGCCGACGGCGUCGACACCGCCUACCGCGUCGUUGCCGACCACAUCCGAACCCUGUCCUUCGCCAUCGCCGACGGCGCCGUCCCCAACAGCGACGGCCGCGGCUACGUCGUCCGGCGCAUCCUCCGGCGAGGCGUCCGGUACGCCCGCAAGUACCUCGGCGCCGAGAUUGGCAGCUUCUUCUCCCGCAUCCUGCCGGCCCUCGUCGCCCACAUGGGCGCGCAGUUCCCCGAGCUCGCCGGCAAGCAGCACGGCAUCAAGGAGAUACUCGACGAGGAGGAGGCCGCCUUUGCGCGGACGCUCGACCGCGGCGAGGCCCAGUUCGAAAAGUACGCGGCCAACGCGGCCAGGGCGGCCAGGGCGGCCAAGGACGGCGUCGGGAAGCUCGACGGGGACGUGGUGUGGCGCCUGUACGACACCUUCGGCUUCCCCGUCGACCUGACCCAGAUCAUGGCCCAGGAGCGCGGCCUGGUGAUUGACGAGCGCGAGGUCGACGCGGCCAGGGACAGGGCCCGGGAGGCGAGCAAGGCCGUCAAGGCGUCCGUCGACACCUUUGCCAAGCUCGACGUGCACCAGAUCGCCCACCUCGAGCAGCAAAACGUCGGCCGGACCGACGACGAGGCCAAGUUUGCCAAGGGCGACGCCGAGGCCAAGGUCCAGCUCGUCUUUGACGGCAAGACGUUCCGCGCCUCCACCGAGGACCUGCCCCCCAAGACCGCCCUCGGCAUCCUCCUGGACAGGACCAACUUUUACGCCGAGUCGGGCGGCCAGGUGGCCGACACCGGGCGCAUCGUGAUUGACGGCGUGGCCGAGUUCAGGGUCAUGGACGUGCAGAACUACGGCGGCUUCGUCCUCCACAGCGGCUACGUCGAGUACGGCGCCCUGUCGUCGGGCGAGCGCGUCGUCUGCGAGUACGACGAGCUGCGGCGCUCCCCCAUCCGCAGCAACCACUCGGGCACCCACGUGCUGAACCACUCCCUCCGCGAGGUCCUCGGCGACGACGUCAACCAGAAGGGGUCCCUGGUGGACGACGAGAAGCUGCGCUUCGACUUCUCCCACAAGGCCCAGGUCACGGUGGAGGAGCUGCGCCGGAUCGAGGACCUGAGCAACCGGUACAUCGGGCGCGACUCGAGGAUCUACGCCCGGGACGUCGACCUGGACCUCGCGCGCCAGAUCGAGGGCGUCCGCGCCGUCUUUGGCGAGACGUACCCCAACCCCGUGCGCGUCGUCUCGGUGGGCGCCGACAUUGACGCGAUGCUCGAGGACCCCCGCAACGGCCGGUGGAGGCAGUUCAGCGUCGAGUUUUGCGGCGGCACGCACGUCGAGUCCACCGGCUCCAUCAAGCAGCUGGUGCUCGUCGAGGAGAGCGGCAUCGCCAAGGGCAUCCGCCGCAUCGUCGCCUACACGGGCGAGGCCGCGCACCGGGUGCAGCGCGAGGCGGCCGAGUUUUCCAACAAGCUCGACGCCCUCGACGACAUGCCGUUUGGCGCCCGCAAGGAGGCGCAGGUCAAGCUGGUCUCCCAGGAGCUCAGCCAGCUCGUCAUCUCCGCCCUGACAAAGGACGAGUUCAACACGCGCUUCCAGAGGAUCGCGGCGGCCGUCGUCGCGGACCAGAAGAAGCGGCAAAAGGCCGAGGCCGGCGCCGCCGUCAGCUGCGUGGCCAAGCACUUUGAGGACAACAAGGGCUCGGACCACUUUGUCGGCCGCCUGCCCAUUGGAGCCAACGCCAAGGCGCUGACGGAAGUGUUUAAGCACUUUCAGGCCAAGGACAAGACCAAGUCCGUCUACAUAUUCGGUGGGGGGGAGGAGGAGGGCGCCGUCGUCCACGGCGUCUACGUCGGGACUUCCCUUUCGUCCAAGGGGGUUACCGCCGAGCAGUGGGCCUCGGUGGUGUCGAACAUUGUGGGAGGGCGAUCCGGCGGCAAAGAGCCCACCCGCCAGGGAGUGGGGGUCAGGCCGGAAAAGAUUGACGAGGCUGUCGAGGAGGCGAGGAAGUGGCUCGAGGAGAAGCUGUAG